AUGUACGGUAGCGUUGGACAAGCACUGGCAAAUCUAAACGGAAUCGGACUUGGUGAUGUCCUGCGAAAGCUCAUUUGGGAACCUCUUGGCAUGAGAUCCACUACUACCUCCCUUAAGAUGGCCGAAGCAGCGAGAGACAAAAAGGGACAAAAGCGACUGUCGAGGGGCUAUUUCUGGAAUAGAGUUCAUUACUUACCCGAGCCCUAUACAGAACUUGGUCCUUUGGCUGGCGCGGGUGCUACCAUCUCCUCGGUCAACGACUAUGCUUUGUGGAUACAAGCUUUGCUCAAUGCCGUCACCAACGAGUCGUCUCCCAUAAAUGGAACGAUUUACAAAGACGUAACCAGACCAAGAACUAUCAUGAGACUAGAUCCCAGAGCACUAGACGAAUCAAUUCCACCUCUUUACGCACUUGGCUGGAUCAAUAUUAUGCUCGGCUCUCAUAGGGUUAUCACGCACUCGGGGUCUGUAACUGGUUUUGGUGCCAAUGUUUACAUUCUGCCUGACGAAGGAGUUGGCUUUGUGUCUAUGGCGAACACGAUGGGCAGUAGCAACCAGUUAGGGGCAUUGCUAUUCAUCGCAAUAACCAAGAGAUUGGGCUUAGUGUCUUCAGACGAUCAUACAGCCCAUCUAGACUUGCUACAUGAUGGUCCUGCGAGCUACCCGAAGACUCGUCAGCAGUCCUCUCUAAAAACUGACAGCAACCAUAUCUUGACUGGUGUAGAGCUACCUCUCCCCGGACGUCUGGUUGAUUAUAUUGGCUCGUAUCAUCAUACUGCAUACGGUGUUUUCAAUGUGUCUGCGGUCGAUGAUCAACCCAACUACUAUCGAAGUAACUCUGCGAGUUCCCAAGAAUCAAUGUCAUCGACCUCGGCUAGAUUUUCGCUACGUAUCAGACCCUCGCAAAGGACAUGGCCCUACGAGAUCGGGCUCAAACACAAAGCUAACACUCUCUUUGCGACACAGAUCUAUGUAAGUCUUUCGUACCUGUCUAGGCAGGAAUGCAGUACUGAUCAAAUCCAUAGUNGGGUCCAUGGUCAAGGCGAUGUCGGCAACGAGUGUAUCAAGGAGACAAAAGCACGAACUGGAACCUCUGAGAUCAAAUGCUGCCAGGAGGUUGUCUUCGAGCCUCUGAUUGAAGCUCGAGCCGUCUUUGAACAUGAUCUUGAUGGUAAAGUUGCGAAGCUGGGAGUGGAGCUUGAGCCUGAGAUGUUGCAGAAGGACGAAAGUAAAUGGAGAGAUGGCAUGAUUUGGUUUGAGAAGCAGGCAUGA